CAAUGUUCGAGCAAACAAAAUAAAGUUAUGAGUGAGGAAAAGGGAAAAAUAUUUAUUUGUUCUGAUUCAAACUUUAAUGUGUAGUGUAACACAAUGUCUGUAAAUUUUGAAAGUUGUGACAGUCUUCCGCCGGAUGACGAGCCAAAGUUGAAAUACGUUCGUAUGAGUAACGAUAUUCAAAACAUUCUUUUGAAAGACGCAGUAAGCUGUAUUUGUGUCCACACAAAAUUUAUUUGCCUUGGGACACAAUGGGGAGUCAUACACUUACUUGAUCAUGAAGGUAAUACAGUGCCGAUCUCUCAAGAUGGAAAUGAGAAAGAGUUGCAAGCACACGCGAUCGCUGUUAACAAAAUAUCUGUAGAUGUGAACGGAGACUAUAUUGCGAGCUGUUCUGACGAUGGGAAAGUGUUGGUCCAUGGCCUGUACUCUAAUGACAAUACACACAACCUGUCGUUGGGUAGAGUGGUCAAAUCUGUUGCAUUAGACCCAUAUUAUUUCAAAUCUGGGUCAGGACGACGAUUUCUAACAGGUGAUAAUAAGUUAAUUCUUUAUGAAAAGACAUUUCUGAACCGACUUCGAAGCACAGUCCUCUGUGAAUGUGAAGGCUAUGUGCAGUCCAUGGCCUGGCAUGACAGAUUCGUAGCCUGGGCCAGCGAAGUGGGUGUCAGAGUCUAUGACCUAGUGGCUAGAUGCUCCCUGGGUCUUAUUCAAUGGGAGAAAAGCCCAAACAAGUCCAUUGAAGAUUAUCGUUGUAAUCUUUUGUGGUCAGCUCCUAAAACUCUAAUGAUUGGUUGGGUGGACACUAUCCGAAUAUGCAUUAUUAGAAAAAGAAGUCAAAUUGAGUUGCAGACAAGAGAUGUAACAGAAUAUCUAGUUGACCCUGUACAUACUUUCCAGACAGACUAUUACAUAAGUGGUUUGGGACCUUUGGAUGACCAACUUGUUAUAUUAGGAGUGCCAAAAGAAUGUGACCCGGAGACAGGUAAAGCACAGAGACCUGUUCUGUCAGUAGCAGACUACAAAGACUGUGAGUUUUGUGAAGUUUCCACAGACCACCUUAACAUAAGAGGCUAUGAAGAAUAUUCAUGCAAUGAUUACUAUUUAGACAUGCUCAUUGAAGAAAAUAGAUUUUUUAUUGUUUCUCCUAAAGAUAUAGUAAUUGCCAGUCCCUAUGACAUUGAUGAUAGGGUAAAUUGGCUAACUGAACAUGGAAGAUUUGAAAAGGCCAUUACUGUUUUAGAAGAAGUGGGAGGGAAGACCUAUAAACACUCUGUGGUUACAGUUGGUGUGCAGUAUUUGGACCAUCUGAUGUCUGAGCACCUAUAUGAAGAAGCAGCCAUACUGUGUGCCAGAAUAUGUAAGACAGAUAAGGUGUUAUGGGAGAAUCAAAUCGUUAAAUUUGCUGAAGUUAACCAAUUGAGAGCUAUUAGUCCAUAUGUGCCUAAAAACCCUGAGCAAGCUUUAAGCCCACACAUUUAUGAACUAAUAUUUUAUGAAUAUCUUAAAGUGGAUCCACAAGGAUUUCUAAAAUUAGUUAAAGAUUGGAACCCAGAACUAUAUAAAACUGGUUACAUUAUAAAGGAGGUUAUAGAACAUUUGUUAACUACUGAAGUUGAUAAAAAUGUUUACCUGGAAGCUCUGGCUUUACUAUACUGCUAUCAAAAAAAAUAUGACAAAGCACUCACAACUUAUCUGAAGCUACAGCAUAAAGAUGUGUUUCAACUGAUCACUAAGCACAAUAUGUACAAUGUCAUACAUGACAAAAUACUAGAUCUGAUGACCUUAGAUUGUGAUAAAGCUUUAUCUGUUCUCUUGGAUAAAACAGUCAUCUCAAAGCAAUUACAGGUUCCUGUAGAAGUUGUAGAAAAACAGCUUGAAAAUAAUGACAUUUAUCUGUAUAAGUACUUAGAUGCAUAUAGCAAGAUUGAACCUAAUGGAAAGUACCAUGGGAAACUUGUAAGACUGUAUGCGAAAUAUGCAAGAGAGAAGUUGCUACCGUUUCUUAAAUGUAGUGACAGUUACCCAAUCCAGGAAGCACUUGAUGUGUGUCAAGUCAAUGGUUUUUAUCCAGAAAUGGUUUUCCUACAGGGACGUAUUGGAAACACCAGAGAAGCUUUAAAAAUCAUCAUAGAGCAGUUGAAUGACAUUAACCAAGCAAUCAAUUUUUGCCAGGAGCAUAAUGAUAAAGAAUUGUGGACUGACCUCAUCAAGCAGACAGUGGAUAAGCCUGAUUAUGUGACUUUACUUCUCAAAAGGAUAGGAAACUAUGUCGACCCAAGAAUGCUAAUCCAAAAUAUUCAGCCUGGCUGUGAGAUAAAAGAUCUCAAAGAGUCAUUAGCUAAAAUGAUGUGUGACUACCACCUUCAGCUCUCAGUACAGGAAGCCUGCAAGGUGAUAACCCUAAGGAAUUACUUUGACUUACAUGAGAAAUUGAUUAUAGGUCAUCAGAGAGGAAUAUCUGUUACAGAUGAUUUCUUAUGUUGUGUAUGUCAAGGUCGUAUCAUAAUAAAAGACUUGGCAAAUGCAUCUGAUCUAAAAGUUUACAAUUGUCGACAUUCUUUCCAUGUCGAAUGCUUACCAGAUGGUGUUCCGUGUGAUAACUGUACUGUGUGUAGUGCUGUUAAAAUGUGACCCAUGUUACCAGUAUUUAAAGAAGCUCAAUGUAACACUGAUAGAUAGACUGUAUAUAAAUUAAUCAAGUGAUCAAUAUUUUUCAAUGUAAGCUAUUUUAAUGUAUGUUUUAUGUAUUCUUUGUUAUUCAGCCCAAUAUGAUUUGAAAUUUUAUCAGUAUGUGGUG